AUGCUAUCAUUUGAGACCUGGAAGGGCAUCAUGGUAGUGGUUUCUCACGACCAAGCCUUUCUCAAUGCCAUCGCAACGGACAUAAUCCAUCUCGUUGCGAAUCGUCUGGACGCCUACCGUGGCGACUACGACGCCUUCGUGAAGGCUCGUGAGGAGAGGCUGCUUAAUGAGGAGCGCGAGUACCUGGCACAGAAGGCUGAACGCGACCACAUCCAG